AUGUUGCAUCUAUGCAAGGCGAACGUGUACAUGUACGCGGAUUUCGUUUCGGACGUGACUUUUCCGACGGACGCCAGCAGGCUCUGCGGGUCCGUCUGCAGAAGCUACCAGGCGUCGAUGUACACGGAACAGGGCGUGACCGUGUCGCUGAUAAACUCAAACUGCGACUAUACCGGCGACACGGUCAUCGAGGAACGUUCGGCGAACGAAACGCACGCGGCCACCUGUCCGGACCUGAGCACCGCGUGCGUGUGCGCGUACAACGUGCGCUGCAACAGGAAGACGAAACUCAUGAAGUACACGCUGACGCCGAACGACAAGGGAUACCUCAGGGUGUUGGCGGCGGACUGUGGGUCGUCCGGUUACGUCACUUGA